AGCUCGCGGGCUCAAGUCGUCCAGGCAGUCGCCCGAACCAUUGGCGAAGUCGGCAUGGAGAUUUUUCUGCCGGCUCGGCCGGUCUUCGUUCCCUCCCUCGAUGCUCGCCCCUCCGCGUUGACCAGAGCGAGGCUGCCGACAGGCCCCGCGCGCGCACCCGACGGCGCCUCGGUGGACCCCCCCGCCGCCGGCCUCGCCGCGGGCGCCGCCGUCGGGCUCGCCGCCGCGCUCCUGCCCGCGGGGCGGAGAUCACGCCGGGGCCGCAGCGCUCGGCGCGCGGAGAUCAAGCCGGGGCCCAUCGGAGACCGGCGGGCUCGAACCAGAGCCGACACCGCCGAGACUCAGGGACAUGCAGGUGCAGGUCCUCGACGGCGUCGACGAGGUGGAAAAAGACACGAGCGCGAGGCCGCGAGGGGCGUCGACGGACCCCGACAAGACGUACUUCUGGAAGAUGUCUCAGGACAAGAGGACGAUCGACGUGAUCGUCCCGCUGGAGGACUGGGUGGGCAAGAACGACGUCGUGUAUAGACUCGGCGAGGAUCAUCCUGACCCCCAGCGUGGGCCGCUUCUGCAGCUCGGCUACCGAUAUACCGACGAGGCUGGCACGAUGAAGGAGAAGCUGGUCUUGAACGGAAACAUCCUGAACAACAUAAAUAAGAGGGAUUGUUUCUGGACUAUGGAGGACAUGGCUGGAGUGAACUGCCUCAGCCUUACCCUGAGAAGACCGAGCAUGAUGAGGACGCGGCACGACCCCACACUGGGGACCGAGAGGAUAGAGGAGCGGCUGGAACCGCAGACGUGGGACGCGCUCCUGCACGAAGAGCGAAUCAAGCCCAAGGUGACGUCGCGGAUAUUUUUCGAGCUGAGUGACAUCGAUGGCGACAAACUCGGCCGGGUCGAGUUCGGCCUAUUCGGCGAAGACCUCCCUAAGACCGUCAAGAAUUUCCUUGGCCUGGUGACUGGCGAGUACGAGGACGACGACGGCAACACGCAAAAGUCGGCAUAUCACCUCAAGAGCAACAAAUUUCACAGCGUGCGGAAGAAUCAUUUCAUGGGGGCAGGAAAUCCUGGCCUUGACAUUGUCAAGAUCAAGAUGGACCCAGAUGAACUCAAAGAGUAUCUCGCUUUCUACGAGAAUUUCAAGAUGACCCCCAGGAAGGUGGGCAAGAUCGAGAGAGGAUGGACCUUGCGCUGGGGCGCAGACCUGGGGACGCCACGGGACGCCACGGGGAAGCCGAGGAGGGAGGGCGAAGCGAUGGACGGCAACAACGAGGAUGAGCUGGAAGAGGUCCGCACGGUCAUGCGGAUGCUGGACAAGAAGGGCGAGGGCGCCGAGUUCUACUUCAACCGUCCAGAGUGGAACAAAGGUGUCGAUGUCACGGGCACCGUUUUCCCAGCUGAGUCUUUCAAGGUGCCGCACAUGAAGAGGGGCAUGCUGUCAAUGGACCGCAACGAGGAGAAUGAUACCCAGGGCUCUUGCUUUUUCAUCACCCUGAAGGAAUACCCCGAGAUGGACAAGCGGUGGGUCUGCUUCGGAGAGGUGCUGACUGGACUGGAGGUCCUUGAACACAUCGAGGAGGAACUUCUUGAAUACGCUGGGGCCCCCAAGCGGAUCGUGAUCGCAGACUGCGGCCUGGUUGACUGAGCUGGCCGUGAGGCAUCCGCGAAGUGUGGCUCUCCCGGCCCGGCGCCGGAGCAAGAGCCCGGGGUGCUGUCGAGCGGAGCCCGGUCUGCGAUGGGGCUCCCCGUGCAGCGGGGGCGGCAGCUGCAAGAGGGGGAGGGCGUGAAGGCAAAAGUGCUUCGCGCUUAGCGGAGCGCGAAGCGCGAAGAUGGUGGCCCUAGAGGAGAGCGGGCUUGCUUGAACGGGGACUAGGACGGCAGAUGCUCUGACCUCCAUCGCCGUGAAAAUCCACGGCGCCAUGUGUGGAGAGUUCCCGACGCGGGUGUGCCGACAGAGCGUCGACCCGCGAGUGUUGAGAGGCUUUUGAGAGGGGCCCUCCGGAGGACUGGGGCUUUUAAUCAAAGGUGUGCCUCUGCAUCCCCAUCUCCCUCCCUCUCGCUCCGUCCUUCCACCUCCGUUCUCCUCCCCCCCU